AUGGUUUGCACAAGGACGUUGCGGCUCAACUCAUUGAGACUCGGCGGUAGUCAACGAAGAUGGCAAUCCUCAUAUUCGCACCUCGAGGCAGACAUGACGGCGAGGAAGAUCCGGCCAGUCUUCGACGACUUGACGUCUCAGAACUCGUUCAGACUCAACGUGUCGCUGGCCGACUUCCUGCCCAACACACGGCAAGUCGAUUCUGCUGCCUCCUGCCGANNGACUUUGCUAACAACAUGUUGCAGCGCCCCGCUCACACCCCCAGCACCGAACAAGCCGCUACCCAUGCCAGUUCCUCAUCAUCUGCUAUACUUCGAGCCCACAAAGCCUCCCUCAGACUUGCUUCCCGAUGGCACUAACCCAGACCACUCACCUGGUGAUCCCUUUGUUCGCCGCAUGUGGGCUGGUGGCAGCGUCAUGUUCGACUCCAAGAAGCCUCUGCUCAUGGACAAUAGCCGUGCUGUGUGCCUUGAAGGAAUCCGAGAUGUUGCCGUCAAAGGCAAGCCUGGAGACGAGAAGGUCUUUGUCGGCAUUGAACGCCGCAUUGCCCCCUUGAACAAAGACGAAGAGACCGCCAUGGCAGAUGCCAAUGGUCAACAAGACAAAAUACUUGCUUUGGAAGACAAUAUCAGGCAGAGGUUGUGGAUGCCUUCUGACGUUGAAUUCGGUCCUGCAAACAUCAUUGAACGCCGCAACAUUGUCUUCAUGCGCGAGAGAACUCCAGAAGAAGCGAAACAGGCCGUUGCUGCUUCUAGGAAGCCUGGAAAGAUGUUGAAACCUCAACAUGAACCCGACUUCCACCAUACACUCCGUCCAGAUGCACAGUUGCUGUUCCGAUACAGUGCGUUGACUUUCAACGCCCACUCCAUUCACCUGGAUACCCAAUAUUGUCAGGACGUGGAAGGUCACAAACACUUGCUAGUUCAUGGUCCUCUUUCUUUCACUCUCAUGUUGACAAUCCUGCAACAGCAGCUUGCAAAAGAGGGAGGCCAUGAGCAGAUAAAGUCGGUCGAGUACAGAAACCUCGCACCGUUAUACGCCUAUGAUCCAUUGAAGAUCUGCGGAAGAAAGUCCGAUGAUCAGAAGUACGAGGUUUGGGCCGAAACCCCAGAAGGUGGCAUUGCUGUGAAAGGUACCGUCAAAACAGAAAGGCUGUAA